AUGAGCAUUCCAGCAAAGUGCCCUGGAGUAUGGCUCCUGACAUCUCUCCUCCAGAUUUUUCGGAUGCAGACAGCGCCGAUCCGCGCCGAGCUCGAGGACUUCGAAUGGGUAUUCGUCCAGGGCACAGUCCGGCACACAGAAGGGAACUGGUCGCUCCACACAUCCGCAUUCUCCUCGCUCCCACUAUACGCCUACUACAACCCCCUCGACCCACUCUCCGUGAACCAAACACAUCGCGAUCUGCUCCAAAUCAUCCAAGACGAGGGUCCCUUCGACGGCGUCCUGGCAUACUCCGGCGGAGCUGGGCUCGCCGCUGAGAUGCUGAUUGCACAAGACCCCCUCGCGCUGGAGCCACUGUUCCGCUUCGCCGUCUUCAUCAACGGCGCCUCGCCAUUACGGGUGUUCAAGCUCGCCGACGUGGACCUCGCUCAGGGGGAAGCUGGCACAUUCGACGCAUCGCCAUUGAUCAAUGAGGCGGAAGACAUGUUCCUGCGGCCCAGCGCUCUCCGACAUAAAGAGGGCGUCAGUGAAGAGGACCUGGUGGAUCAGGCCGCGCUCCUCGCGACGGUGCAAAAGUUCAAAGGCAAAGUGCUGGCGGACGGGACGCCAUUCUUGAGCGAUGGCGAACACGGUCUGUGCAGGUGGGAUAGAUCAGAUCCCAAUGAGCCAGCGUUGAUCGAUGUACCCACUCUGCAUAUUCGAAGCCCAGCCGAGGACGUGACGGAUCCUCACCACGGAUUGCAUCUGCUCAGCCUUUGCGACAAGUCCGAGGUGCGCGAGAUCCAGCAUGAGUUUGGCCAUGAUUUUCCGAGAGGGCGCUGUUUGAUGAAGCAGAUUGCGAGUGAGAUCCGGAAUGUGGCGGAGCAAAGUUCGAGGUUGUGA